CCGCGCGCGCACGCAUUCAUCCAUGGCGCUCGCGAUGGCGCGCGCGUCGCGCGUCGGCGCGAUCCCGGCGCGCGCGCGCGACCGACGCGAGGUCCGACCGCGCGGUCGCGCGAUCGCGCGCGCCGCGGACGCGGACGAGCCGGAGUGGAAGCGGCGACAGCGCGAGCAGGAUGCGCAGAUAUCGGCCGAGGAGCGCGCGGUGCGCGAGCGCGUGCGCGAGCGCAUGGCGCCGAUCGUGAGCGGAGAGACCGACGUCGACGCGGACGCGCACGCAAAGGACGGGAUGGCGUCGUCGAGCGCGCGGAGGGAGGAACUGUCGAGGAAGAUCGCGGCGGCGACGACGGCGCUGGAGCGAGGUUUGGUGGAACGCGAGACGGAGACGCGGUUGUUGCUGCUGGCGGCGUGCUGCGGAGAACACUUGCUGUUGCUCGGACCGCCUGGGACGGCGAAGAGCGAACUUGGACGCCGGCUGAGCGCGCUGUGCGAGGGAGGGCAAUUUUUUGAACGAUUGCUCACGCGGUUUUCGGUGCCGGAGGAGUUGUUUGGACCGCUGAGCAUGAAGGGGCUGGAAAACGAUGAGUACGUGCGGAAGAUUGAUGGAUAUCUGCCCAGCGCCAACGUGGCGUUUGUGGAUGAAAUUUUUAAGGCGAAUUCAGCCAUCUUGAACUCGCUGUUGACGAUAUUGAACGAGAGGUUGUUUGAUAACGGGAGCGAACGCGUCGACGUGCCGCUGUUGUGCUUGGUCGGCGCUUCGAAUGAAUUACCGGAGAGCGAGGAGUUGGACGCGCUGUACGAUCGAUUUUUAUUGCGAUCGAGCGUCGAACAAGUAUCCGCCGGUGGGCUCGGGAAGUUGCUAUCUCUCGGCGGCGAGGCGGCGAUCGGGUCCAAGGCGAACGAUCACGGCGGCGUCUCGACGAGCGACACCCGACUCAAGCCGGAGGACUUUGCGAACAUUCGAUACGAAGCCGCGGCGGAGACCGAGGUACCGACGAACGUCAUCGAGCUGAUCACUGACUUACGAACGUUUUUGCAAGACAAGUGUGAGCCGCCGGUGUACGUUUCCGAUCGUCGCUUGCUCAAGGCGGUGCAAAUGUUGCGCGUCGCGGCGUACACGAACAACCGCGACGAGGUGAGCGAAUUCGACACCUUGUUGCUCGUGAACGUGUUGUGGCAGCGCCCGAAUGAGGCAAUGAUGAUCAAAGAUUGGAUUUUAGAGCGUCUCGCGCAGGAUCGUGGGACGAAACAGGUGCAGUAUUUAUUAGCGGGCUUGUUCGGCCGCGCCUGCCGCGCCGACGGCGACGCCGAAGAGUGCGCGCGAUUGCUCAGCGAAGCGAAAAAUUUGCGCGGUGUACUCACAGCACAACUCAACUCCUUGCGAGGCGCUCAAGGGGGUUCUCUCCCCGCUUUGCGCGAACAUCUUUGGCUUUCUCCCGCGGACGCUUCUCGCGCCGCGCAGACUCUCGGUCCGAUGUUUUCCAAGGUGAGCAAAUCUCUCGAGAAGCUCCUCGAAGACGUCUUGACGCUCGAGGUCGCGUUAGAGCGCGACACCGAGCCGCACAUUCUUGCCCUUCUCAUGCCCGAUUACUGGGCCGCGUUCAUUCGCGAAGGCCCGAUAGCUGAAGUCCAGCCUUUAGGCGUCUCCAACGCGACCUCGGCGGCGCCGUGA